AUGUUGCUUGCCCUUUCCUUUAUUUACGGAAUUAUUCAAUCUCAGUUCUUCAAAUACACGGUUCAUCUAGUCAACCUGAUGAUCGACACGGCAAAUGUGUGUGAAGUUUUCACUAAUUUCAGUGUUAAAUAUUGUUUCAGCCAAGAAGAAACAUACAAUUUUUGGGUGAAGGGAUGAGAUUAUGUGCAAUUCUGCUGGCUCUCAGUUUCAUUUCGAUGAUUUAUAUAAUUCUUUUUGUUAGGAUCAGAUCUCAUGGAAGCAGGAAAGAUACGUUGAUGGUAAUUCAUUACUUUUAGGACUUGUUUCAAUUUUAGCUCCGUAUCUUACAAAACCUUGGAGCUUAUGUAAGCGCUGUUUUCCUUAUUUCUUGUUAUUACAAUUGGAAGAUCGCGAUGACGUCAUUUCCCUCAUAUCCGAUUACCGUAAUAUUACGUGUCUUGAAGAUGGUAAUUGAGAAGAAAUAUGAGAGAACGUCGAUUGUUGUGGCUAUCUUAAUAAUAAUUUCUCAAAAUUUUUUCAAUGGAUUAGCAAUUUUUAUAAGCACAAAACAAUGGAAAGGAGGCUACAGUACUCCUUCGGAAGUAUUUUUGAUUCUGACAAGUAUGUUUUGGGUGAAUAGCAAAGUCGAGGCGAUGGCCAGCGAUGUGUAUAACCUCUGCACAAUAAAGAAGAGAAAGGUAGGGGUUAGCUUACAACGAUUACAAAAUUUUAGGCUCCCAGAAGUCCCUUUUUCCUUUCAUUUCGAAGGAAACUGAUCUACUCCACACUCAGAUUCCUCUCCAUAUUCGAAUUCUACUUCCUUUGGUAUCUCUGGGUGCAUCUUCUCGCUUUAUUCGAGGACAAACCGUCCGAAUCAGCUGUAGCUCAAGUGAAAUUACAGCGUACUCUGUUCGCUUUGGCCCUUUGUUCAGCUGGACGGAUAUUACUUUACAGUAUUCCGAACAUCUUUUUGAUUUAUUGGAGGAAGUCUGGGAGCAAGAGGAAUCAUCGAGCAGAGAAAAUUCGAUUCAUUGAGGAGAAAACGGACAGAACAAAAGAUGACAAGGACUACUGUAGCAAAACAGUUAGAAAGAUUGGACGACAGGAGGAUUACAAUACGGUGUUUAGCGUGAUUGCUAG